AGCAGACAGGCCAACGCCCUGGACAGACUCCUUUGGUGAUAGCUGUUAUCUACCACUGCUUCAAGUCGCACCAGCUGAAGUCUGGUGCCCACCCUGCUGCCCCUGCCCCAAUAAAAGGAAAAGGGCUUUCAAAAAGAUAUUUGUGGCCUGGAGUCCUUCUGUCAAGUACUUAUAAAAGAACCACAUCACUCCUUAGUUUUAGCACUUUCCUCAAAAGUGGCACUGGGCCUGGAACUGGCAGACUGGGUCUCUGGAACAUAAGAAGGUUCCCCUUGUCUCAGGCAUUUUGGCGUUAUGCCUGCAGCUGGCCUCCGUGGAAGCUGCUCCGUUGUAAUUCGCCACACUCCGUCACCAAUGGCUUUGGAUUCAGCCCUCUUCGUCCAGAGCUGGACGUCGCGGGGCAUCUAACCGAAACCAGGCCCCAGGUCCUAACACACACACACACACGGCUGUUUCCAGUCAGGAAAUGCGCUAAAUAAAUCACCUCUGGAAGGACACCGGAGGCCACUCCACACGGGAAGUUCUGCAACCCCCUUGGUUGCACCAAUUCUCCGCGAUUUAGGGUGGGGUAGAAUCUGUGAAAAGCCUGAAUUUAGACACUAGCCUAAAGACCUCGUUCCCGAACAUCCCCGGACUGAGAUCUACCGAGAGUGGAGAGACCUGAUCAAGGUGCGAGGAGAGCCAUCCACGGGCUUUUUCCUCUGGAAAGCCGGGAGCGCUCUCACAGGGCCAGGGCCAUUUACUGAUAGCCUCCUCAAAGGGAAGACUUCGAGCAUGCACUACUGGGGCAUCCUGACCCUCUUGUCACUGUGAUUUCAUGGAGUGCUGAGGUCGAGAAGACGGCCUCCAUAAGGAUCCCUCCCGAGCGGGCCCUCCCGCCUACCUCUGGCAGCCGGACCACCUUGGCUUAGCCCUCAAGUCCCUCGAGACUUAGCCUCCCGCCCAAAGUGCUCCUCUCCCUGUGAUUGGCCGUCGGAGAAGCCUUUGGCCAAUGGGGAUGACGUAUUCAGGCAGACGUCAGCCCGGGCUGGGGGAGGAGGAAGGACGUCGGGCCCGGCGACGCGCCGUGCGCGAGGACGGCGGCGCGAGGUGUGUGGCGGCCGCGUGCCUUCAGGCCCUCGCUGUCAGCACUUCCUGGUGCAGGAGGGUGGCGGGGCCCGCGGCAGUACGAGGGCAACAGGGGGUGGCUGCAAAGCCCGGAGGUCGGGCGUGGUGGUGACGGUAAGCCCUGAAUUCGGGCCUCCGGGAGCCCCACGCUCCAUUCCCAGAAACCUUCGCGCCGAGACGCCUCUCUUCAAAGGAGUUGGGCCGGGGCACCCAGAGCGUGCGGGACGCCCAGCAUUGCAGGGCCUUCCCUGAAGCCCAGCUUUCCCCGCCAACCCCGAUUCCUCGGUUGUGGACGGGGGUGGGGGGGGAGAGACGAGCCCUCAGGCCGUUGGCCCACCUGAGCUGCUUUGCUAAACCUUCCCGUGCGAGGCUGGACUUUGGGAGGAAGCAAGGCAGGCUGAACAGAAGACCCAAGUACAAAGAGGUCGGCAAGCGCAAUUCUGACGGCAGAGCUCUUCCAGUUUGCCAGGAACUGUUCAGAUCCUCGGUGCCACCUGACAGAAAACUGUAUGCCAGGAAAGGAACACCAGCUGUGCAGAAUCUGAUCUGUGAAAACCUAGAAGGUUUAAGAGACCAACAUGUGCUCUCCUGCCAGUUCCAAAAUCCUAUACAGGAAUCCCCGGUUUCUCCGGUUAGCUUUUCUGCAGCUUCAUCACCAGCAACAGACUGGUGUAUUCUGUGAUGUCCUUCUGCAGGCAGAAGGUGAGGCAGUCCCAGCUCAUUGCUGCAUCCUCUCAGCCUGCAGCCCCUUCUUCACAGAGCGCCUGGAGCGGGAGAGGCCAGCCCAGGGUCGGAAGGUGGUGCUGGAGCUGGGGGGCUUGAAAAUCAGGACACUCAGGAAGCUGGUGGACUUUUUGUAUACCUCAGAGAUGGAAGUAUCUCGAGAAGAAGCCCAGGAUGUGCUUUCUGCUGCCCGUCAGCUCCGUGUAUCUGAGCUAGAAUCCCUUCAGCUAGAGGGUGGGAAGUUGGUGAAGGCCCCGCAGGGCCGAAGACUGAACCGGGAGUGCUUACAGCCUCCAAGUGCUGCACCAAUCUCUGCCAGGGUGCUGGCAUCCAGCCGCCGCCCUCGGACUCCACUGCCUGCAACCCAGACUCCUUGUCCUCUUGGGCCAGUGAGAUUGAAGUCCUCGGGGAAGGAGGAGGGGCCCCUGGAGAAAAGCAACCGACAGAAUGCAGAGAACUUGUCUGGCAAUCUGCUCAAGAAGAAGGCCAGAGCUUGCCCAACUCCACAAGAAAAAAGCUCUUCACCAUCAAGUCACAGUCAGGGGCCAAGAGAGAAUAAGAGUGACCCUGCCCUUGCUCCUCCAGCACUUUCCCCACCCAGUCUGUAUCCCUCUGUGGAUGAGCGGCUACUGCCCAGAAAGAUCCGACUGAGUCGCUCGAAGCCAUCUCCUGAUAUCUGUACAUCCCAGCCUUCCAGCAUGGUAAGUGGACCCAGCUCAGUACCCACAGCCCCUGGCCGGCGUCUUUGGCGGCAGAAGAGUAUAAAUAAAGUACCAGAGGACAAGGAGAAACCAGGGAGAGCUAUUCCUCUACAGAUCGUCCCAAGCCCAUCUGGCCUUGGGAAGACAAGUGGGAGCAAGAAGCGGAGCCCUGAAGUCAGGGCACCAAACUCAGACUCUGCAGAAGAGGGGCAGGUGGGAAGAGUGAAACUUCGGAAGAUUGUCAAUGGGACAUGCUGGGAGGUGGUACAAGAGCCUCCCCUCAAAAACUCUCCACAUAGCCCUCAGAUCCCAGAACCUCAAUACUCAGAAGAGCCUGCUGUUACUGAGCCAUCCUCCCUUGACGAGCAGGAACCGUCAUCUGCUCAGGUAGACCUGUGUCAGGACUCCCCGGUGUGCUCUAGGCUACAAGACAUUCUGCUGUCUGCUAGCUGCUCCCCAGACCACCCGGUGGUCAAGUCUGAGUUCGGGUCCAGUCUAGAACUGGUAGGGAAGGAACCCGGGUUGGAUAUUGACUGCAGCGAGCCCUACGCAUUUGACCCAGCCCUGCUGGGGCAGCCCUGCGAAGCUGAAGAGUACCGCAUCACAAGCGCUGCCGCCACAAGUGAGCUGGAGGAGAUCCUGGACUUCAUGCUGUGUGGCUCAGACGUUGAGCCCCCCACAGGGUCUCUGGAAAGUCCCGGAGCCGAGGGCUGCAGGACCCCUAGCUAUCACCUGACAGAAACAAGAAAGAACUGGAUCGAAGGGGAGGAAUGGUGUUUGCCAGACAUGGACCUCUGGCCCAGUGAGCUUAUGGGACUGGAAAAGGAACCUGUUGGUGAGAACAAAGAGCCAAUCGAGUCCCUUAGUCCCCUUGUUAUAUCCUCUGAGGUGAGUGAAGGGGAGGUACUUUCAGUAGGAGGCUCUUGGACUCCAGAUCUAGAAAUUACCAGUUCCCAACCACUGGAUAGUCAGAGAGGUAAGCUUCAUAUUGACUCUCUUGACCUUCCCCAAAGGUCCUAUGAGGACCUCUCCCCUCCCUGUUCAAACUGGAUGGACACUAGGCCAGAAGUGUCCCUAAGUAUGGAUGAGGUAUUAUAUCCUGCUCCAGAGGCAGGCAAGGAGGUACUUGGCAACUCUGAGUUGUUGGACCCACUUUCUGCCAGCUCCGAAGAGGAAGAGAUUGAUGUGGUGGACUGGACAUCUGAGGGGAGGCUGGUGCCCGCUGGUAUUCCCUCUGUGUGGCCCGACCCUUCCUCAGAGUCAGACACAGAGGUGGACAUACUAACGUAG